GUACUAUGAAUAUUCAUAUUGAAAAGGUUGAUUUUGUUUGACACGGUUGAGUGAGCAUAAACACACUUUUACAACAAGGGGUCGACGUUUGGCUCGCGUGUGUGCUGGGUUCAGAGCAUGCACAGCUCAGGUGGAGCAUAUGAAUGAUGCAUAAUGGUCUGAGAAUACUUCUGUUGAUACUGUUUGUUGUUAUCUGUGCCUUGGAAGAAACUGAUGCAAGAAAACAAUACAACUUCCGAAGAUAUCAGUAUAAAAAGAAGCCAAAAAUUGAGAAAAAAUACAAAAAUGAAUUAAUGAAGUGCGAGAGAAGUCAGGAAUGUUCACAAUUGGCUAGUUUAGAGAAGAUAAACUGCGCACGACGUUGUCUGGCAUUAGAUUGCUACCAAGAGCUUUAUCAUAAUGAUAUGUUAGAAGAAGGAGAAGUUGACGUCCGAGUUACAUCAUUCAAAGGUUGUUGGCAGAAGUAUUACCUCAAAGGUAUACGAUCUGAACUGUGAACGUCAUCAACUUGAAUUCAGAGCUAUUGGGCACGUAAGCCAUUAAGAGCACAGCUGCUGUCGCCGUCCAUUGCGUGGUCUCACAAAUUACAGUCAUCUUAAGACGACGGGCAAGGUAAAUAUUCUUUGUUCUUGGAAGGCUGACAAAGACAAUUUGAAAAAUGAGGAGUAAGUUGAUGUCAUGGAAACUCAAACAAAAGUGACAAAUUUGAUCUUAGAGGAUUACAGCUGAUAUCAUGAAAUGGCAGAUUAUUAUUCAAAACAGGCUUCGAUGCUGAUACAUUCAAGAUAAUUUAUUACCCGAUACAUACCGCUACAUAUUUUGUCGUACAUCGGCAAUAUGAUGUUGCAUUAAAUAUAAUCACAAAUUUUUAUUGAAAAUUUUUUUUUUUUGUUCAGUGAGUGCGAUGAUAUGUGUAGCUGCAGCUGUUUCAUUUAGAUAGUUAAUUGGCAUAAUUAAUAGGAAUGUUAAAAAUAAGAAUAAUAAUGAAUGUGAUUAUUGAAACGUAUUUAAUAUUUUUUAUAGUUAAACUGUUAAAUGAAUGUGAUAAUACAUACGUUGCUGCAUAUAUUUCAUUUAAAGAUGUUGCCUAGCAUAUAUUGAUAUAAUGAAUGUAAUGAAGAUUUAAACAAAACAAACAUGAAAACAACAAUUAAUUCAAUAUGGUAGAUGAUGGUGAUGAUACGAAUAAUGAAAACAAUGAGAGGAUAAAGAUUAUAACAAUGACAGAGGUGUUAAUGAUGUUGAUAUUAAUGAAGAUUCUAAUGAUAAUGAUAAUAAUGAGGAUGAUGGUGAUAUUAAAAUGAUGUUAAUGAUUAUAGUAAGUAAGUUUGAUAAUAUAACUAAUGAUAAUAAUAUGGAUUUUUUUUAGACAACCAACUAAUCAAAGAUCUACAAGGCAGAGCAUUAGGUAUUGAGGUUCAGUACCCCAAAUAUGUGAUAUUAUUUAAUGAUGUUAAUUAAUAAUGAUGUUAAAUAAUGUUUCAUUAUAUAAAGCUCAGGAAAAAAGUACUAAUUAGAUUUUCCUCUUUUUCCCACAUAGAAGGAAUAAAAUUAAUGACAAUAUAUUGGACUGUACUUUCGAACCGGAGUGCAUAACAACAGAUGCCUCUAGGGAUUGUCAAAAACAAGCUGUGUGUUGUUGCUGUACAGGAAAAUUGGACAAAACAGCAGCAUGAAUUAAAAUAUAGUGAAAUACAGUAAUUUCAAUAAAUAUUAUUACAUCAGUGGAUUGUACAAAAUACUGGAGAAAAAAAAUAAUCAGCAAGUUAUUCGUUUUUUUUUUUGUCACUUCAAAAAUUUUGUGAUGUUUGCAUAUUAAUUAAUGUAAAUAGCUUGUUGGUUAAGAUGCUCGCCUUCCAAACCCAGGUUCCUGGGUUCAAUUCCUGUCAGUUUUGCAGGAUUUUCUC